CCCCCCGAUGUGUCCCCAGACGAUGCCACCGGCCCUGCCUGCCACCAUCAACAUCCGGGAGCCCCGCUGGGACCAGAGCACCUUCCAGGGCCGGGCCAAGCACUUCUUCAUGGUGACGGACCCCCGAAACCUGCUGCUCUCCGGGGCCACGCUGGAGGAGGCCCGCCGCAUGGUGGAGGACUACAGGGCGGGCACGGUGCCCCCGGGGCUGACAGAGGACCAGCUCUGGCGGGCCAAGUACAUCUACGACUCGGCUUUCCACCCUGACACGGGCGAGAAGAUGAUCCUGAUCGGGCGCAUGUCAGCCCAGGUGCCCAUGAACAUGACCAUCACCGGGUGCAUGCUGACCUUCUACAGGACCACGCCGGCUGUGCUCUUCUGGCAGUGGGUGAACCAGUCCUUCAACGCCAUCGUCAACUACACCAACCGUAGCGGGGAUGCACCCAUCACCCCUAGCCAGCUGGGAACAGCCUACGUGAGCGCAACCACUGGGGCAGUUGUCACAGCGUUGGGGCUCAAAUCUCUCACCAAGCACUUGCCAGCCAUCAUCGGCCGCUACGUGCCUUUUGCAGCUGUGGCUGCCGCGAACUGCAUCAACAUCCCGCUGAUGAGGCAGAGGGAGCUGAAGCUGGGGAUCCCCAUCACGGACGAGAACGGCAACCGCCCGGCUCCCAGGCGCUUGGCCCCGGUUCCUGGGGCUGCCCGCCAGUCCUUCCCAGGAGCCGCCUGCGCUGGAGCCCUUUUGCCGCUCUCGUCCCGGCGGAGCAGACUGGCGUGGGGCUGCUGGAGCCUGGGGAAGUGGCUGAUGGUGCUGAUGCUGGGCGAGGAGGUGCUGGGCACGGUGGGCGCCACGGCCAUGCCGAAUUUCUGA